AUGGAGCGGGGCGGGGGCGGUGGCGAGCCCGGGCUUGGCCCCGGCCCCCGGGGGCUGGGGGGGGAGUGCGGGGAGCCGCUCCCGGAGCCCCCCCUCAGCGCCGAGCGGCCCCGGCGGGGAGCCGCGGCCCCUGCUGAGGGCGGCGGGGAGCCGGGGAGCGGGACGGGGAGCCCCCCGGCCGCGGGGGGAGCCCCGGGGGAGGCUCUCGGUGGCCCCCGGGCGGAUGCGGGGCGGGGAAGGGGCGGCGGGGAUGGGCGGCGGGGCAGCGCGGAGGAGCCGCGGGGAGCCCUCAGGGCGAGGGCGGGCGUGGGGGGCUCCCCGCACGGCUCCCCGCACGGUCCCGGUGCCGGUAUCGCGGCGGCACAGCCCCGCGGGGAGCCCCCGGGGGUGCUGCCCCAGGCGCUGAGGGUCCCCCUGGUGCUGCGGCCGCUGCCCGCCGCCGGCCGCCUGCAGCUGCAGGGCCCGGUGCCCGCCGAGCUGCUCCGCCUGCCCCAAGUGCCCCUGGAGCAAGUGCCGCUUAAAAUGCAGGCGUUGCUCGAGCCGUCGGUGAAAAUCGAGACCAAAAACGUGCCCCUCACUGUGCUGCCCUCCGACUCAGGAAUGCCAGAUACUCCAUUUAGCAAGGACAAAAGUGGCCACGUAAAGCGUCCAAUGAAUGCAUUUAUGGUGUGGGCUAGGAUUCAUCGGCCUGCUCUAGCCAAAGCUAACCCGACUGCCAAUAAUGCAGAAAUCAGUGUUCAGCUCGGGUUGGAGUGGAGCAAACUGAGUGAAGAGCAGAAACAGCCCUAUUAUGAUGAAGCUCGGAAAAUAAAACAAAGGCACAGAGAGGAAUUUCCUGGUUGGGUUUAUCAGCCACGACCAGGCAAAAGGAAGCGUUUUCCGCUGAAUGUCUCUGGUCUACUUUCCGGCACCACUCAGACUAUCAUCACUGCAAAUCCAGCUGCCGUUCUUCCCUUCCAAUCACCUAGGUACUCUGUUGUCAUCCCCACUGUUCAGAACAGUAUUGGACAUCCAGUCUGUGAAGCUCUUUCUGCCAUCCGUCUGCCAGCUUCUUCUGUUCAACGUCCAGGUCCAAUGACUCUUUUCCAGUCUACUUUUGCGAGCACCACAUCAUUGGCAGUUCCAGCUCCAACCCUGCCCCUGCACCCUGUAAUUGCAACACAGCACUUUGCUGAAUCUGUUCAGACAGAAGCUUGUGAUGUAUCUUCUGGAUCCACCUGCUCUCUGAAGAGACUUACACCAGUUUUUGUUGAGAGCUCCAGUAGAAACCCAAGUAACACAGUCACUGCUCAUGGCAGAUUUUCCGUUUCUACCAUUGAGCUCCCAAAGGAGUACUCAGGGCUUUCUGCUUGUCCUAGAGGAGUACCUCUUUCCCAAGCUACUCCUCUUCCUCACUCACAUCUCUAUGACAGUCCUCCCAUUGGGCAGCCAGUUCAUCUGUUUGGAGCACCUCCUCGAUUUUCAUUUCAUCACCCUUACUUUGUACCUGGACCUUACUAUUUCCCCUCAAGCACGUGCCCAUUCAGCCGGCCUCCAUUUGGCUGUGGGAAUUUCUCCAGCUCAGUGCCAGAAUGUCUUGGCUUUUAUGAAAACAGGUACCAGAAGCAGGAGAUGAAGUUUUCGGUUCUGGACAGAGACUAUCCUUUCAGGGAAUACCCAGAGGAAGUCGUACAUGAGGACUCACACAACUGUGAGAGCCUUGAGGAAGUGACCUGUCACAGCAGCCGCGGUGAGGAGGAGUGUGUAAGCCCCAUACCACAACUGGACAUUGGAGCAAUUGAGAAAGUUUUGUCAGCCACCCCACCUACUCCUUCCAGCAUCCAGCAAAUCAAUGUGACUGACAGUGAGGAGGAGGAAGAAGAAGAAAAGGUGUUGCGAGAGCUGUAAUUUUUAAAACAAAUGAUAAGCCAAGGAAAUAGAGAACUGGAAAUAAAUCUUUUCCUCAGUACCAUCUUCAGAGAGUGUGUUCAAUGGGAAACCUAUGUAGCUUGAGCAACCUGUGCAUGUCAUUUUGAGGACUUUGAUGAUCUGUUUGUAUUUUGAGAGGUCACAUAAAGAUCUGGGGAUGUGUAAAAGCCUCUGAAUUUCACCUGGUUCAUCAGGGCAUUGUUUGGACUCUAGCUCAGGAAAUCGCUUACGCAGGAACUUAGCUUUAAGCAUGUGACAAUGUACUUUCUGAGGAGAGAUAUGUUUAAGCACAUCCUUUUAAUGCUCCUCUGAAUCAGGAUACUGCCUUUUAUUGUUUACAGACAUUUUAAUGGUAUUUGCUGUAAUUUUGUAGGUAUUACUUUUAGGAGUUUUAACAAGAGAAAUAAUUCUGUUUUAUUACUGUAAUGUAAUUCUUACUACAGUAAAAGACUAUGAGGCCUGGAAAGUGAAGUCAAGAAUGAUUCUGCAAUGCUUUAUAUUUUUGCUUUGAUAAGACAGUUUUAAGUUUAAUUUGGUUAAUUUUUAACUUUACUCUGCAUUUGUGGUAUGAAUGUUAUAUAAUGCACUGAAAAUUUAGAUUGGUUUCAGUAAUAUCUUAGUCUGUAGCCAGUUCCAUUAAUGAAAAUGGAUUGUCCAGAAGGUAUGGGGAGGUAUGGUAGCACCCAGAGAGUGGAAAGUGGAUGGGAUCUAGCCCUGUGACUUACAUUAGUGGAUUGUGACUUGAUCCCUGAGUGUAGUUAUUACUGUAAGGAAUUCUCCAUAGAAUACCAAAUUCUCUGAAGAAUAUCAAAGGCUUUUAAUAGAGAGAGUAUCUGUACUGUACUCAAAGAGUAAAGAAAUUCAAAAGUUUUUGACCAAAAUAUGUAAUUAAUGUUACUAACAUUUAUUUUUCUGUUUUAUGAAAGGGAUGGUCGUUUCUUUCUGGGAAUCCUGUUAUUUUACUGUUGUUCAUUUGAAUAAACUCACCUGAACAACGUACCAAUAGUGUUUCAUUUUAAGCCAUGAACAAUGAACUGAGUGGGGACGUGUAAUUCGUGAUUUAUCUAACCCAAAGACUUACAGUGCAGCUAAACUGCACAUGCCUAGAAUGACAAGCUCAAAUCAAUUUUCUAGACAAUUUUUGCAACUAACGGUAGUGUAUACAUAUAUGUGUGUGUAUUUAUAUUUAUAAUUAUGUAAGUCCAGAUACCACAGAAAUAUGGGAAGAGCUAAAAAACACAGGAGAAGUACAUUCAUGCUGGGCUGGCAGCGUUCUAAGCAAAGAUUCAGAAGAAGCUACACUGAUGUCUCAUCUAGCACAUCCUGUCUUGUGUGGGCUGUCACACCAGACCUGCUGGACCUUGAUUGCCCUGUCUAACCUAACGCUUAGGCCCCCCAUAUCCAUCCACUAAGACAGCAUUAUUGAUAAAGGCAGGUACCAAUGAAGUUUCCAUAUGCCUCAAAAGGUAAGCCUAAAUCAAGGCAGAGUAGAUAUCCUUGGGGUUCUUUGCGUUUUAACGUUUUAGUCUUAUAUCAACAUUUUAAUGCUUCUCUGGGCUCUUAGUUCCAUUUCCAAGCUUAAGAUCAUUUGAGAACCACUGCGUUUUGUAGUUAAAGAGCACAUUUAAAAGCAUGGGUAAAUACUGCGUACACUACAUUGCAACUGUGUUUGUAAGCAGCCCCCAGCUCCUACUGCAUCUGUAAUGCAGAUGAAUCAUUAAGAAGAAAGUCUUAUAAAUAGUAGAAAGUGUCUGUUACUAAAUUAUC